AUGGAGGAAGAGAUCUCCCUUUUAUGUAAGGGUCUCAAGCUCACGGAGGAGGAACAACAAGAACUCCACCUUACGGAGGAGGAGUUUACACUUGCCCAAGAUAUCAGUAACUUAUACCUGGUUGCACUGGUAAUCUCAGAUAGAGAUGUGAAUAAAGGGGCAUUCAAAGCAACAAUGACUAGGGUCUGGAAUACCGAAGGCGGGAUAACUUUCAAAGACUUAGGCAGUCUUGCCUUUAAAGACAUCGACUUCUCUCUAGAACCGUUUUGGAUUCAACUCCAUGACCUCCCCUUUGCUGCCAUGAACAUAAGAAUGGGAGAGAAACUCGGAUCCAGAGCAGGGAAGGUCAUCACGGUGGAUGUGGAUGAAAAAGGAAUAGCGUGGGGGGGAGCUCUACGUGUGAAGGUGAUGUUUGAUCUCUCAAAAUCAUUGAUAAGGGGAUGCGUUAUUAAUGUAGGGGAUGCCCGCUCCUGGAUACCCUACAAAUAUGAAAGAUUACCUUCCUUUUGCUACCAUUGUGGUAUAAUCCUACACACACAGCUCAGAUGUUCAAGACAAGCCUCCGAUGGUAGCACUCAAAAUACAUCUCCUCUUCAAUAUGGGCCUUGGCUUAGAGCUGACUCAGCUCAAAAGCCAUCUCAUUACAGAGCACAUUCUAGCAGUUCAGAGGGGAAGGCUACAGGAAGUGGUCGGCAGGCCAGCUUUGAUGAACAAGGAUAA